AAAAGGUUUAGGUACCCCAUUACGGCAUUACCCCUUAGAUUGCUCUAUCGGUCGCUCCAUCUCUCUCUCUCCUCAUUUCUCAACCCCUAUCCCCCUUCUUCCUUCUCUCUCUACUCGUCGCAGUGGUAUCAGAAGAGAUUGAAGGAGAGAUGUCGUCAGGCAGAAAGAUUACGCUGAAGAGCUCCGAUGGCGAGACUUUCGAGGUCGAUGAGGCGGUGGCUCUUGAAUCUCAGACGAUCAAGCACAUGAUCGAGGACGACUGCGCCGACAACGGGAUUCCUCUUCCUAACGUGACGAGCAAGAUCCUGUCCAAGGUCAUCGAGUACUGCAAGAAGCACGUCGAGGCUCCCAAGUCCGACGACCGCGCCUCCUCCGCCGACGACGAUCUCAAGGCCUGGGACGCUGACUUCGUCAAGGUCGAUCAAGCCACCCUUUUCGAUCUCAUCCUGGCUGCAAACUAUUUGAAUAUCAAGAGCUUGCUGGACCUGACUUGCCAGACGGUGGCGGACAUGAUAAAGGGCAAAACUCCUGAGGAGAUCCGCAAGACAUUCAACAUCAAGAAUGACUUUACACCAGAGGAGGAGGAGGAGGUUCGCAGGGAAAACCAAUGGGCUUUUGAGUGAAAUAUUUCCUAUCCUCUUUUACAUAGACAAAUCUGUUUUUGUGCUUAAUUGUUUUUGUGCCUUUUCUUUUAUGUUUGAGGUCGCGGGAUGAUGUCUGUAUUCCGGUAUGGGAAGCCUCUUUAUUCAGUUGAAGAUCUUGGUACUCUUCUGUGUUAAUCAAGUUACCAAAGAUCUCUUCUUCCUCCAGUCUUCUCUAAUGUAGGAACAUAUGAUGUUAUCUGGAUCUCAUUACUUAUGUUAAUGUGGUAAAUGGUGUUCUUUAUUAAUUGCUA